CCCGACUACAGCUGACAGGGCCUGCCCUCUCCCAGCUCCUGGGGUCCCCUCAGGUCUCGUGUUCUAAGCCAUUUGAGGGAAGGGCGUGAGUGGCCUCUGAUCUGACACGGUGGAGGAAGGAAGAGGCGACACCUUCGACGGUAUGAGCACCGACCGCGUUAAACUGGAGUUACUGGAAGAAAGGCACCUGAAGGAUAUAGUGCAACUCUCAGUGCUUGAAAUAAGACACAAGAUAGCGGAACUGGAAGCCAAACUCAAUAGUGACGAUGAAGAGUUUCACUGACUACUGGGAGAAAGUGUCAAACUAAAAUAUGAGCAGGAGAAGUAAUAUAAGUUCUGCAUGAGGAGAAAUGGCAACUCAGGAAGCCUUAAAUACAUUGCUUAAACAACUAGAGAAAGAAAAAAGGAGUCUUGAAAAUCGAGUGAAAGACUCUGCACUGAGACUGGAACAAGAGUCAAAGUGUUACCACAAGACCAGCCGUGAGCACUGUACAUACCUUGCCGAAAGGUCUCAGGCAAAAAUAGACCUCUUAUUAGUUGGCGAUGUCACUGUUCAGUACCUGGCUGAUAUUGUACAGAAAUUCUUUUCAAAUUUAGCAAAAGUCACCGUCACCAUUAGUGAUGCGAAGAAGGCAGCAGCACUUGUGGAUGAUAGCACGUUCAACAUGGUUUUUCUGAAGUUGACUUCUUUACCAACUGCCGAGGAGCUGAAAGCUGUCAGAUUAAUUAGAUCUGGCAAGAAAAAAAAUACACAUUUGCUCUUUGUUUUUAUAAUCCCUGAGAACUUUAAAGGUUGUAUUUCAGGUCACGGAGCUGAUAUUACUUUAACUGAACCACUGACAGUGGAAAAAAUGAGUGUUGUGGUAAAAUACUGGAAAACAUGUUUCUCAAAUACUGUUAAGAAUGAAAUUUCUGUGAAGCCUGAAGAACCUGAACUGCCCCUGCAGAAGUCCUGCAGUGAACACCUGAGAUAUUUUUCUACUGAUCUAUUUGCUUGCUCUGAAUCUCUAAGAAAUGAUAUUGGGCUUGAAUUAAAGAUUCCGUUGUCAAAUUUCGAGAAAAACAAAAAGAUUUCUCUUCUUCACUCAAGCAAGGAAAAGCUGAGAAGAGAACGAAUCAAGUAUUGCUGUGAGCAGCUGCGUACCCUGUUGCCGUAUGUGAAGGGGAGAAAGAAUGAUGCAGCUUCGAUUCUCGAGGCAACAGUUGACUACGUGAAGUAUGUCCGGGAGAAAAUCCCUCCAGCCAUCAUGGGCCAGAUUACAGAAGUACUUCAGGGCAAUAGGAGGUUUUGUAAGAAACAACAAAUGCCCAUCCAGCUACCCGCCCCUGGCAUGUUUAUGGCACAAAGAGAAAACAGUGUGUUGACAAGCACUUACUCACCUGUGAGAGGGAUCAGAUUCCUGGCUAAUAAGCGCUUGAACGUGUACCCUGUUCCUACCUCCGGGGCUCCCUUGGAUGCAGCUGUGAGAGGUCAGUCGAGCUCUGCGUCAGAGAACACUAUUGGCGCUGUGUAUAAAACCCGAAUCCCCAGCACAGCUCUCUCUCUUAAUUCCUUCCAUGCUGUCAGAUACUAUUCUAAAGUCGUCCCUUCCUAUGAUGCCGCUGCCGUAACAAAUCACAACAUUUUGGUGCAUUUUCCAACAGCUGUGCCCAGAGUCUCGACGUUUCUUCCUCAGCACUGCAAUUCUGUGUUGAGCCAGGCGUGCGCAGCGCACCCCAACUGUCUGCAACAGUUUUGGGCGUAUUAAUAGCACAUGUUUGAAAUUCACACUCUAGACCACCUAUUGGGUGCCGUUUGACAAUACGGGAAGAAUGGAACAAAGAAUGAUCUUGAAAGCUACACCCAGAGACCUAAUAUCAAAAGGGUUUGCAUUGUAUGGCUUCUGAUAAAUGUGCUAAAAGCUUCUGCAAUCAGAAAGACAGGCAGCAAAAGUGCUAGCCAUAGGUUUUUACUUAUCUUCACACAUACUUGGAUCUCCCACAUCCCAGGUACUACAAGAACAAACGGCCUAGGUGACCUAGACUCUUUUUUUUUUUUUUUUCCUCAAAAAAUAUUCCACAAUUUAUGCAAAAGGUACACGAUAAAGAAGAUCCACGUAGACUGGGUAAAGUGCAUUGGUGUCACUAAGUACAGGUAUUGCAACUUGGUUCUUAUUUUUAGUAUCACUGUGAAUUACUGUCACUUAUUUCUAGGUGGUAUCUUUUCCAGAUUUGACAUUUUAGAGAGCUUCCUUCGUUAUUCACUAUUCAAACUCAGAUACCAUAGUUCAAGAGAGGUGUUUACCUCCUCACUUGACUACUAAUGAAUAAAUAGACACGUUUGUUUUUGCAUUUCACCGUCCCUGGAGUGAAAUGAUAGCUAAUAGGUAAAUUUUUCUUUCUGGAUCUUUAGUUACAGGCUAGCAGGUCUUUCUUUGUUUUUCAUCUCCUUCUCCCUAUGGGUAUCAGAAAAGAUUGUUGAAAAUAAGGGGAGAAAAAUGUUUGUUUUAUAUUUCACUAAAAUGUUCUUAUGCAUAAUAUAAGUAUUAUUGUUAAAGAAAAUAUUCAGUUCUGACCCUCAAAACGGUAACCCAUUUUUGUUCUGUUUAAUAAAUAUGUGUUUCCUCUUUUAGUAGUACUGUGUAGGGACUUUAAUUUUACUAGAUUUUUGAGAAGUUGGAAAAUUACUUUUGGCAUAGCCUAAUUUUCAUGUUAAAUUGUAUAACUUUUCUUUGAGGAUGGCAUGGUGAUGGAAUUUGUAGAUGUUUGAUAAACUUGA